GAAGGAUGCCCCCUGCAGGGUGGGGUGGCUUUGUGAAAUCCAGCGAACUUGCUGUCAGUUGACAGUCUGAGGGACCUCAUAGAUUACAAAUAAAAGUUAAGUCCAAGCGAGUGUUGCAUUUUUCUGUGGCUUUUAGCACAUGACCUCAAGCACACCUAGGGUGUGUAUGUAAGAUCCUUCGAUUGUUUAAACAAAAGUUGCUGUCUCUUGUGAUCUGUUCCAGGAAUGUGUUUCUGAUCUUCUGAAUUUCAACCAUGUUGUCAAAGUGCUUGCAACAUUUUCUAAAAGCCCAUCUGUAUCCAGCAUCAUAUUGUUGGUUAAUAAGCAAGCACAAGUUUUCUGGAAGUGUGCCAGCAGCCGGGUCGCGCAGGCGAGUUGUCAUCACAGGCAUUGGACUAGUGACACCACUUGGCGUUGGGACUCAACUAGUUUGGGAUCGGCUUCUCCGAGGAGAAAGUGGAAUUGUUUCUGUAGUUGGUGAUGAGUACAAGAGUAUUCCUUGCAGUGUAGCUGCUUUUGUACCAAGAGGUUCAGAUAAAGGUCAGUUUAAUGAACAAAACUUUGUGUCCAAAUCAGAUGCCAAGUCCAUGUCCUCUCCCACCAUCAUGGCGGUCGGAGCAGCAGAGUUGGCCCUGAAAGACUCCGGCUGGUAUCCAAAACUAGAAGCAGAUCAGGUGGCUACUGGCGUUGCCAUUGGCAUGGGCAUGGUUCCUCUGGAAGUUGUUUCUGAAACUGCUUUAAUGUUUCAAACCAAAGGUUAUAGUAAAGUAAGCCCAUUCUUUGUCCCUAAGAUUCUGAUCAAUAUGGCUGCAGGCCAGGUCAGCAUUCGCUACAAACUCAAAGGCCCCAAUCAUUCAGUGUCUACAGCCUGUACCACGGGUGCACAUGCUGUGGGAGACUCUUUUAGACUUAUAGCCCAUGGUGACGCAGAUGUGAUGGUGGCUGGAGGCACAGACUCUUGUAUUAGUCCGUUAUCUCUCGCUGGGUUUUCCAGAGCCCGGGCUCUAAGCACGAACCCAGAUCCUAAGCUGGCCUGCCGACCAUUUCAUCCAGAAAGAGAUGGUUUUGUCAUGGGUGAGGGAGCUGCUGUACUGGUGCUAGAAGAACAUGAACAUGCUGUUCAGAGAGGAGCCCGGAUCUACGCAGAAGUUUUGGGUUAUGGACUCUCAGGUGAUGCUGGUCACAUAACUGCCCCCGAUCCUGAAGGAGAAGGUGCUUUAAGAUGCAUGGCUGCUGCUGUAAAAGAUGCAGGCGUAUCACCUGAUCAGAUAUCCUAUGUCAACGCACAUGCCACCUCCACACCACUGGGUGACGCUGCUGAGAACAGAGCCAUCAAGAGGCUCUUUAGGGACCAUGCUCGUGCCCUCGCCAUAUCCUCCACAAAGGGAGCCACGGGGCAUCUUCUGGGAGCUGCAGGGGCAGUCGAGGCAGCUUUCACUGCACUGGCUUGUUACCAUCACAAACUACCGCCAACUUUAAACCUGGAUUGUACAGAGGCAGAAUUUGAUCUCAAUUAUGUUCCACUGGAGGCACAGGAAUGGAAAACCGAGGGUCGAUGUAUUGGACUCACCAAUUCCUUCGGGUUUGGUGGUACUAAUGCGACACUUUGUAUUGCUGGCAUGUAAGCUUUGGCUUUCAAUAGUCAUAAAUGUAUAAAUAGUAUGCACAUAAAUGUCUUAUCAGUGCCCAGGUGACUCUAGCCUACUUGGUAUUUGUACAGUUCUUUGCUAGUGAACAGGCUACCUAGUACUUGUCGGUAUUUUAUAGCAUCUUGGUGUCUCCUGUGAGAUUUCAGUGGCAACUGUGACAACUAGAAAUGUCUCUGGAGGACAGGAUAGCCUGCACACAGAACUACUGAUUUAUAUUUUUCUAACGCACUAUUUCACCCAUCCCUGUCCUUUUUAGAUAUUUAUUUAGAGACUAGCUCCUCUGAGCAAGGCUGUGUUGCUUCAUGGUGUAACUCUAGGGGCACCACUGUCAUACAGCAUAUAGGGAGGAAUGUAAUACAAGUAGGAGUAUGCAUCAUCAGGCAGCAUCCUUUGAGGACAACUGUCAGUCAAUUAUGGCCUAGUCACCCCUGACCUGUGUAGGUCUCCUCAGUGGAUUUUCCCCCAAGCUUUCAUUUCUCUGAAGGAGGAAGUGAAGCUGAUUUGGCAUUUUUCUUGUCUUUUCUCAUUUGUCCUUCCUUCCUUCCUUCCUUUCUCCUCCUCUUCUUCUCCUUCCUCCUCUUCUUCCUCCCCUUUCUCCUCUUCCUCCCCUCCCCCUUUCUCCUCUUCCCCUUCCUCCUCUUCUUCUCCUUCCUCCUCUUCUUCCUCCCCUUUCUCCUCUUCCUCCCCUUCCUCCUCUUCCCCUUUCUCCUCUUCCCCUUCCUCUUCCUCCCCUUCCUCCUCCUCUUCCUCCCCUUCCUCCUCUUCCUCCCCUUCCUCCUCCUCUUCCUCCCCUUCCUCCUCUUCCUCCCCUUCCUCCUCCUCUUCCUCCCCUUCCUCCUCUUCCUCCCCUUCCUCCUCCCCUCCUCCCCUUCCUCCCCUUCCUCCUCCUCUUCCUCCUCCCCUCCUCCUCUUCCUCUUCCUCCCCCUCUUCCUCCUCUUCCUCUUCUUUCUCCUCUUCCUCCUCCUCUUCCUCCUCUACUUCUUUGAGACUGGGUUUCUCUUGGAACUCAUUCUAUAAACCCUGGCUGGCCUUGAACUCAACAAAGAUCUGUUUGCCUCUGCCUCCCAAGUGCUACUAUUAAAGGUGUACACCAC